ACGAAGAAAAAGAAGAAGAAUCGGAGUUUAUGGGAGGUACAUGCUUCUCAUUGCAUAACAGCGAUAUUCGGCUGGUUUACGUUCAACCAGUCGGAGAAGAAACUUCCAUCACGACUAGAAGACACCGUCAACCCCCGUCGCCGCCGCUAACGCCGGCGACGAGAACGCCGCCGCUGCAGUUCCCUCCGUCUCCGAGGCCAGCGCAGCGGCGCUGCGGUCACCGCCCGCACACCGGCACCGUCGCCGUGGUGCCGUCGCUGUGAGCGCAGCGGACCCUUUACGUGGCUCGGCCCGCACAGCACGCAAUACACAGAAAACAAAAAACAAAAGGGGGAGUCCAGCGCUACCACCAUGGCCAGCGGGUGAUCGUUCACCGCCGACUCGAGCCAGCUUCGUCCACCACACCGUGUGCGCUUGCCCGGCGACGCGAAUACGCGGAUCCUUUUCGCCGGAGAUGCCACCCAGCGCGUCGCUGCUGGCUGUCGUCGGCCCGAUCGGGCUCCUUCUCCUGACCGCCGUCAAGCUCUGCAGGGCAGACGAACUGCCGGCGUGUCAACCUAAGGACUUCCACUACGAGUUCACCGAGUGCGACGACCAGGGCGGCCGGUGGCGCGUGUCGGUGCCGCGGCCGCAGACGUGCGUGGGCGGCGCGCCCAACGCGCCGCAGCGGGUGGAGGACUGCACGACGUCGUGCGCCGCGGGCUCGUACUUCGACCGGACGCGGCUGGCGUGCGUGCGCUGUCCCGCGGGCAAGUACUCGCUCGGAGGGGGCCUGCGCUUCAGCCAGUGGGACGGCGAGCUGCCGCCGGGCAUGCACGUGCUCACCGAGGCCAUCGAGUCGAGCUUCCGCGCCCGCAGGACCAACGCCACCAACGCUACCAGCCCGAACGCCGCCCUCAACUGCUCGGCGUACGGUUGGAAGGCGUUCCAGCCCUACGUGGCCUCCCAAGGGGGACCGUGCGUCUCGGUGCUCACCUACUCGGCCAAACUGGUGAAGCCCGGCGUGCUCACUUACACCUACCAGUACACUGACGACACCGUCAUCUUCAACUUCGAGGCCCAAAAUGACCAGUGCCAGAGCAUCGAGCACUCGGAGAGGUACAAGUGGCCUCAGACGACGGAGGAGGGCAAAUGGAAGACCAUGAACGUGAACCUCCAGGCGGGCCUGAACGUGCUCUACUGGAAGACAGUGGGCAUGGACGCCGGCGAGGGGAAGACAAACAGGCCGGUGAAGAUUAAGAGCAUCGAAAUAAGCGGUGUGGCCUACACGUCCGAAUGCACCCCGUGCGCCCCUGGCACGUACAGCGACUCCGAGGGGGCCGUCGAGUGCAAGCCGUGUCCCCUGAACACCUACUCCAUCGGAGACGCCUCCGCGUGCAAGGCCUGCGGACCGGAGGAGUUCGCCCUGCCCGGCUCGUCGCAGUGCGGCAAGCGUCCGCCGUGCACGCCGGACGACUACUUCGAGAUGCGCAGCCCGUGCGACCACCGCAGCAACAUGACGACGGUGUCGUACGACUGGGUGUCGCCCAAGGUGUGCGACCCGCACCACCCGGACUCGGUGCACCUGCCGGUGUCCGGCAUGACGGUGCCCUGCCCGCCCUGCAACCCGGGCAUGCACCACGGGAACCGGCACAUGUGCGACUACUGCCCGCCCGGCAACUACUCGGACGGAUACAAGGAGUGCCAAGACUGCCCCGCAUCAACAGUGCCAAACUACGGUUUCUUCCUGAAAACGUGGCAAGAGCUCCCAAGCAACAUGGCGUCGCGCUGCAUGAGCCUGCAAGGCUGGGGCUGUCGCAACGCGACGGCCUGGAAGGCGGCCGGCAGCUACGUGCAGAGCGGCCAAGGGCAUGGCGAGGACGCCUACCUGAUCCUGUCGCUGGACGUCGGAGGUUUCCGACGCCGCGACGUGUUCUUCGGCGGCCGUACCACAGCGUACGGCACCGUCAGCUUCACCUUCGAGCUCGACUGCUCCGGGCAGUGCGAGCUCGUAUUCAUGUCCUCUAACACAAGGCAAGGCGUGUCAGUCGUGAAAUCUUGGACUGGCAGACAGGAGAAGCAACACUACACGUACUACGUGCAGCAGAACGACAGCUACACUUUCAGCUGGGCCUUCCAACGCUCGGCCAAUGACCCGGCCGCGCCGCGCAGCAACCGGCGCCGACAGCAGACCGAGGACUCGGCCAUCAUCUACGACAUCCACGUGACCAACACCAUCCGCGGCGGAGCCGAGAAAUGCAUCCCUUGCCCGGAAGGGAGCGAGGCCAAAGGGUGCAUCCCGUGCGGUCCGGGCCAGUACAUCGAGGACCGCGAGAACCUGGUGUGCAAGCAGUGUCCGCCCAACACGUACGUGACCGAGAGGCUGCCGUACGGCGUCUCCUCGUGCAAGUCCUGCGGGCCAGGGCUGCGCAGCGAGAACGGGCAGGCCUGCUACAGCGACUGCCGCGUCUACCUGCAGCAGGGGGACGAGUUCGACUUCCACACGCUGCCGUCGUACCUGGAAGUCCGAGGCCGCAAGCUAUUCACGGCGAGCGGAACUCAGUACUACCACGUGUUCAACAUCAGCCUCUGCGGCAACGAAGGAAAACCGGUGGCGGUGUGUGGGAACAACGUCACGUACCACAUGCAGGACGAGUUCUCCGGCGACAGCGUCAAGUCCCAGAUGUGCAGAUCGACAAUCGUGCCUUCGCAGCAAGCCGACAUUGGCUCGCCGCUGGCCAUCCAGUCUGUGAGCCUGGGAGACGAGCUGAUCGGUAUCACUACCAGGCCAUCGUACAAUGACAUUGACGUCCUCAAGGAGUUCCUCCCAGGUCCUGGCCAGAAACCCGACGUGCAUUUCUUCUAUUACUCUGCCACGCCGACGCAGGCGUGCCUCAAGGGCCGAGCCACCACCAUCACGAUGCGCUGUGACAAGAACGCGGGCGCCAACGGCACCGUGUCGCUGCCCACGUCGUGUCCCGACGGGACGUGCGACGGCUGUACCUUCCACUUCCUGUGGCGGACGGCGCUAGCCUGCCGCAUCUGCAAGCCGGACGACUACCAGGUGGUGAAAGGCGAGUGCGUGAGCGGAGUGCAGAAGCUGCACUACAUCUCGCCCCAGGGCUGCAUCCCGCGCGGGAGCGCAGCGGACACCAUGACGCGCACGCAGCCCUGCUCGGUGAUACCGCGACAGCUGCAGAUCAUCAUCGCCAUCGGCGUCGGCCUCGGCGUGCUCCUGUUGGGUCUCCUCGUCUACUUCUGGAAGAAGAACAGGAGGCUGGAGUACAAGUACAUGAAGCUGGUCCAGUCCAGCUCGGGCAAGGACGGUGAACUGCCCGCGGCCGAGAGCUGCGCCAUCGAGGAGGACGAGGAGGACCACUUCGAGAACGGCGGCUACGACACCAAGAACAACAAGGGGCUCCUGCAGAAGUUCCGCACCGUCCGCAUCGGAAGCGGUAAGAGUGGAGAGGGACACCACUUUGAAACCAUCCACCUGACCAAAGGUGAGAUGGUGUCAUGAAGGGGGCCUGCGUCGGCGAUGCUGCCUUCUCCAAGUCGACAACCAACCAUGGCAACAAAGGCAAAGACACUGCAGGAGCUUCGGACGGAGGGGUGGAAACACCAAAGAGCUCUUGUGCACCAUUAAAUCCCAAGGCACACCAUUCAUGUAAUUGGUGUACAAACACGUCAAAAACAUUCCAGUGUAUUUUUAGUAUACUCAGUCUAAUUUCUCAUGACUGCGCAUGCAUGUACAAGUGCCCCAUUAUACCUAGUCUAUCAUAAACAAAGAAAUGUAAAUGUAAAGUAAAAGCAUACGCCUGUGCAAGCAAGGCCGUGCAUUUUGGGUGUUGCUGUAUGUUGAAAUGCGACUGGGAGGCCAACCUGGGGUGGUGAUGUUAGUGGGGUAUCAUGUUACAUGCACUGUUUUGUACAGCUGGGCAGAAAUAUAUCAUGUUUUCCUUUUUCAA